ACAGGAUAGGCAUACUUCCAGUUGAGCGGAAAUCGGCAUUACCGGAGGGACCCACCCAAGACAUUACUGCCACGUGGCAAAUAUACUUUUCCCGCGGUUGUGAUCAUUUUUGGUUCACUAGAGGAGAGGUCACUAGGGUUUUAGUUUUGUCGACGCAGCAGGGAGCUGUGCUAUGCUGUUCUGUUCUGUUCUGGUUAGUUUCCAUUCCAUCUUCUUCAGAAGGCAUUUUCCUUGAGAAAUGCAAGGGAAAAUGCGUCCCUCACUGCACCUGGCUGGGAUUCUUAUAGUGUUGGCAGUACAACUUCCGGAGCUGGCGUUUUCUUCUUCGUCUUCUUCUUCUUCUUCUUCCUCUUCCUCUUCCUCUUCAGGCCCCCACAUUGCUGAGUUAAACGUCUUGUUGCCUCCUCGCAUGACUCACCCUGUCGAGUAUCGGCUUCAAGGAACCGGUGGCUGCUUUUCCUGGUCAUGGGAUCAUCAUGAUAUUCUUUCUGUUCAGCCUGAGUAUAAUGCUAGUAGUCGAUGUUCAACAAGUGCUCGAUUAAUAUCGAUUGCCCCCUAUAGUGGUCGAAAGGAGACUGCUGUUUAUGCUGCUGACCUCCACAGCGGGACUGUAAUUCGUUGUGAAGUUUUUAUCGACAAAAUCUCUAGGAUCCGAAUAUUUCAUCACUCCGUUAAACUUGACCUCCAUGGGCUUGCUACAGUUCGGGUCCGUGCCUUUGAUGAGGAAGAAAAUGUUUUUACAUCUUUGGUAGGCUUACAAUUCAUGUGGCAGUUUAUACCUAAACCUACUGAAGGUGAUCGAGUGGUUCAUCGUCUUCUUCAUGUUCCUUUGAAGGAUACUCCACUAAGUGACGGUGGUGACCUAAAUACCCAAAUAAAACUGGAAGAUAGUGGUGUAGGUUCAGACUUGUAUGUAGUAAAGGGAACUGAAAUUGGCCAUGAGAUUGUUUCUGUGCAUUUGCUUGAACAACAACUUGAGCAUGUUGCAGACAAGAUUGUUCUAACUGUUGCGGAAGUUAUUUCACUGGAUCCUCCAUCACCAAUUUUUGUUCUUGUUGGCGCAUCCAUCCAGUAUAGUAUCAGAGUUAUUCGUCAGAAUACUCCUCAAGUAAUUGUUUUGCCAUCUCCCUAUCACCGGUGGUCAGUGUCGAACUCCACUGUAGCUCGAGUUGACUCUAAUAUGGGAUUGGCUCAUGCACUAAAGUUAGGAGUUACCAGCGUCAUUGUCGAAGAUGUCAGACUUGAUGGCCACUCACAGAUAUCGUCCAUGCAUGUGGUCCUCCCGGAUGUGUUACUUCUGUACAUAUUACCUGUCACAAGUUCUUAUGAUCCUGUUGAAGGAACAAAACCUGUCCCAUCCACAAGUAUUUGGUACAUUGCUUCUGGCCAACAGUAUGUUGUUUACAUGAAGGUUUUCUCUCGUGGAUUUGAGGCACAAGAAAUUCAUAUCACAGAGAAUGCUGAUGUUAACUUGCAGUACAAUGAUUCUGUGCAUUGGAGUACAUUCCUGGUGCCAGAUGACAUAUCUGCUAAGCAUGGUUGGCGGGUUUCUAGAUUAAUCAAGGCAACUUCUCAGGGUCUAGGAAGUUUAGCUGCUUCUCUUACCUAUCAUUGUGGGGACAUGCAAAAAGCAGAGGUUCUCAAGGUUCUUCAAGAAAUUAUGGUUUGCAAUCGAGUCAAAAUUAGCAUGGGUGAAACAAACAACCAAUCUCAAACCAUUCACCUUCCUUGGGCCCCUGGUGUUUCUCAAGAAAUUGAGCUAACAGCUACAGGAGGUUGUGCAAAAACGUCGAAAGAUUAUAAAUGGUUUUCUUCUGACACGGCCACCGUGUCAGUAUCUGCUGCUGGGUUUGUCAGGGCAAAUGGGCCUGGGCGAGCUAUUAUUAAAGUUGCAACACUUUUUGAUUCUCUGAAUUACGAUGAGGUGGUUGUCGAAGUUUCCAUUCCCUCGUCUAUGGUUAUGCUACAAACUUUUCCUGUUGAGGCUGCUGUGGGGACGUAUCUUCAAGCUGCAGUUACUAUGAAAACCUCUAAUGGUAACCAUUUUUGUAGAUGUGAUUCCUUUAGUUCCUUUGUAAGGUGGCAAGUGCUUGUUGGAAGUGAUCACUUCAGAGUUGUCAGUACAACAAUGGAAGAGUGGGCCUUUGGAAUGAUGCCUCAGGUUGUGGGCUGUAAAUCACUUUAUGGUCCUCCAUGUGGAUGGGUAUCUCUAUAUGCUUCUGGUGCUGGUCGAGCUAUGCUGCAGGCAACUCUGUCCAAAGAUUUGCAAUCUUUUGAUCAUUCCUUGGAUGGACCAGUUAUUUUAAAAGCAUCUUCAAGUAUAGCCGCCUACUUCCCACUUGUUGUUCGUCAGGCAGGGAGUGGAAACCGAUUUGGUGGCUACUGGGUUGAUUUGACAAAAACAGAAACUGGUCUUCAGGGUUUGGUUUUGGAAGAUUUGGAUGAGCUGCGUCUUGUUCCUGGAACUAGCUUAGAUGUGUGGCUUCUAGGGGGUCCUGAACGCUGGGAUCAAGAGGUUGAGUUUAUUGAAACUGUUGAAACAUUCUCUGAAGAUCAUAAGCCUCUUGAAGAUGGGAUGGUUGUAAAGCAGACUUCGAGUGGUGAGAAGUUGUACAGAAUUUCAUGUCAAACAUUGGGACACUUCAAACUGGUCUUUUCACGUGGCAACUUAGUUGGGGAUGACCAUCCACUGCCAGCUGUUGCAGAUGCAGAAUUAUCCCUUAUAUGUGCAUUUCCUUCGUCCAUAACACUGAUUGCUAACGAGCCUGCAAGCAGGCCUGAUCUUAUAUGGUCUGCAACUCAAGCUGAUCGUGGACAAGGGAGAAUUCACAUCUCUCCAAUUACUGUGGCAAAUGGCUGCACUAUUCGAGUAGCUGCUGUUGGCAUUCACAAGUCUGGAAGGGCUUUUGCAAAGUCGUCAUCUCUUUCCUUGAGGUGGGAAUUGAGUGGUUGUGAGAAGCUGGCAUAUUGGAAAGAGAGUGACAGUUCGGAAAGCUCCGAGUCCUCUUGGGAGAGGUUUUUGGUUUUGCAAAAUGCAACAGGACUGUGCAUCGUUCGUGCUACGGUAGUGGGUUUUUCUGUUACCAAUUUUGGUCCUACUUUUGGGGAAGCUUAUUUACUCCAAGAAAGUUCAGAGGAAGUUCUCACAGAUGCUAUACGCUUACAGCUUGUUUCUUCCCUAAGGGUCAUUCCAGAGUUCAUUUUACUAUUUUUCGAUCCUGAAUCAAAGGUUAAUAUUUCUGUAACUGGGGGAACCUGUUACCUAGAUGCUGUUGUGAAUGAUACUCAAGUGGUAGAAGUGAUUCAAUUGCCACCAAGUACUCAAUGCUUGCGUCUGAUGCUGGGCGUUAGAGGGCUGGGAAUUUCUCUUGUCACAGUUCAUGAUAUAGGACUCUCGCCUCCUAGCGUGGCUUCUGCCUUGGUUCAAGUGGCAGAUGUGGACUGGAUUAAGAUUAUUUCGGAAGAAGCCAUAAGGCUUAUGGAAGGGAGUUCAGAAUCUAUUGACAUAUUAGCAGGGAACGAUGAUGGAAAUGCCUUUGACUCCUCACAGUAUGUGUACAUGAAUAUUCAUGUGCAUAUUGAUGAUGACGUGCUUGAGCUUGUCAACAAGGAUGGUCUCUCGAGUGUAGGUGGUGGAGAAAUCCAUAGCCAGAGGUUUUUAAUUCGAGCUGCUCAUCUCGGGGUUACAACUCUUUAUGUGGGUGCUAGGCAACGAUCUGGACGUGAAAUAUUUAGUCAGCUUAUUAAGGUUGAAGUGUAUUCACCACCGAGGAUACACCCUGAGUAUGUUUUCCUUGCACCUGGUGCUUCGUAUGUGCUUGCUGUGAAAGGAGGACCACAAAGUGGAGUGGUUGUUGAGUAUGCUAGUGUGGAUGAUGUCACUGCCACAAUCCACAAAUCAUCAGGAAGGCUUUCUGCAAUUUCUGUGGGAAAUACUACUAUAAGUGCCACGUUUUAUGGAGAGGGUAGAAUGGUAAUUUGUGAAGCAAAUGGAAGAGUGAAAGUGGGGAUCCCUUCUUCAAUGACUUUGAAUCUUCAGAGUGAACAGCUAGGUGUUGGACGCGAAAUGCCAAUAUUCCCUUGGUUCCCUGAGGGAAAUCUGUUUUCCUUCUACGAGCUCUGCUAUAAUUACAAGUGGACUAUAGAAGAUGAACAGGUGUUGAUCUUCCGAACGGCCACAUCUCAAUACAGCAAUGAUAAUCAUGAAAGCGCUUUUGCUAGCACAUUGGAGAAGAAAUUCCCUGGUUAUUCUGAUUCUGAAGAUCUUGGGUUUAUUAAUGUCUUAUAUGGAAGAUCUGCAGGCAGAACAAAUGUUGCUGUUUCUUUCUCUUGUGAUUUCAUUUACUCUGGGGCCGUUUCACAUUCAGUAUUAUAUAAUGCUUCUGCAUCAUUAUCGGUGAUAGCCUCUCCUCCCCUAGCUCUUGGAGUACCAAUAACUUGGGUCCUUCCGCCAUUUUAUACUUCAUCAAAGGUUUUGCCAGCAUCAUCAGAAUCCUAUGGUGAAUGGGAUUCUCAUGGUCGAAAACGAAGUAUCAUAUAUUCUCUAUUGCGAUCUUGUGGUGGAAAGAAUGAACUUCUAGAACAAGAUGCCAUUGCUAUUGAUGAUGGUAGAAUAAAGACAAAGGACAGCAAUAAUCUUGGUUGCAUUCUGGCAAAAGACCGAGUAACGGGUAAUACUGAAGUUGCAUGUUGUGUACGGGUUGCUGAGGUGGCUCAAGUAAGGGCAAGUACAAAGGAAUUUCCUUGCCAUGUGGCUGACGUUGCUGUUGGUGCUAAAUUGGAACUCUUUAUAAAUUACCAAGAUGCCUUAGGAAAUCCCUUCUAUCAAGCGUAUGGUGUGGUUCCGUUGGAAGUUGAAACUAAUUAUCCUGAUGUGGUGUCGAUUCAAACUUUGGAGGAAAAUAACACACACUACAUGAAUAAAAAAAUUCAUCUCCAGGCGAUGCGUCAUGGUAGAGCUCUUGUGCGAAUAUCAAUCAACAAAAGCCCAAUGAAGGCAGACUACAUCCUGAUAUCAGUUGGUGCGCAUUUACAGCCUCAGAAUCCUGUCCUUCACAUUGGGCAUUAUCUCAACUUCAGCGUAAUCGGAGACGGAACAAAUGGUCUAGCCUCGGGGCAGUGGUUAAGUGACAAUGGAAGUGUAAUAUGUAUAAAUGAGUUAUCUGGAGAAGCUCAUGCUGUUGGUGAAGGUUCAGCUCGAGUACUCUUUGAAGGUUCGAGUUUGAAACUGCAAACAACAGUUACAGUGCAAAGGGCAGGUCUUAUUUUGGUUGAUGCUCCAGCAGAGACCUUGACUAACGUUCCUUUCCCUGCAAAAGGGUAUAAUUUCAUUGUAAGGUUUAGGGAUUCUUAUGACCAUUUUGGAGCCACUGGUAACAAUAUGGGAGUCCCCUAUGAUUGUAGGGUUGACCCACCUUUUGUUGGUUAUGCAAAGCCAUGGAGAGAUCUAGAUACUGGCAGUUCAUAUUGUCUCUUUUUCCCGCAUUCUCCUGAGCAUUUGGUGCGUGUUAUGCCCAAGUUGAAAGCUGUGAGAAGUAAGAGUAGUAGCAAUGAGGGACUUGUAUAUGUUUCCAUCAUUGCCUCAUUGAGAGAAGCACCAGAGGUUACCGGAUCUGCACAUGCGCUUUUUGUUGGGGGCUUUUCAGUUUUGGAAAUGGGAAAGAUGAACCUGACACCGAACUCCAACAAGAGUUUCAUAACAAUUAUGGGAAACACAGGUGUGGAAAUCCACUGGAAAGCUAGAGAUUUAAUGUUGGUCAGCCCCCUAAGAAGUGAUGACUUUGGGAUUGGUGGGCGUGCAGAAUAUGAGGUCAAAGUUCUACGUGGCGAAAGGUUUGCGGACAAAAUUAUCAUCACACUUCCAGCCACCGGGCAGAGAGUCGAAAUUGAUGUUGGCUACAUGACUGAACAAGGAACCACAUCAGCAAUGACAAGUGGUGUUGUUUUGGCUGCUCUACUUGGGUGCGCUGUUGUUUUGGUAGUGACUGUCCUUGUCUUUAUACGGUUGCUGGACAGACCGGAGAGGUCCAGCCAAUCAGAGCCAACUGUGUCAGCUGUUGCAAGCCCUAUGACACCAGACCGCAGCCCAGGCAGUGUGAGUCAGCCGUCCCCACGGACUCCACAGCCUUUUGUCGAGUAUGUGAAGAAGACCAUCGAUGAAACUCCUUACUACAGACGAGGUAGGAGGAGGUUUGAUCCACAGCAUACUUAUUAGAUGUGUACAACCUGCCUUCUUUCUGCAUUUUUCCCUUUUUUACUGUAUCAAAUUGGAAAAGUUAGGAGACCUUGCAAGGAGGAAGAAGACAUGUGAGGGAAUUGUUGGCAGAAGAGUCCACCUAUGACCACA